GGUCGUCACUCUUCAACAUGGGCCUGCCAAUCAAGCGCGACUACGCCGCAAUUUCUUUGUGUGACUUGUUAGCUUGAUGGAAACAGGGAGUUCCCAAACAGCCCCAAGAACCUCAGUCGUUGAUAUCCUGUACUCACCGUUAUCUACUUAUCCAAACUACGUCGAUGUCGUAUGAUCCUCUAUCGCUCUGGCUUGCGUUGAAAUGUCACGAUCGGUUCGUUAACGUGAUCACCGAGCGCGAUCUCGGUGACAAACGCUAGAUUUCUAGCUUCUGCUGCUGGGUGAUAAACUGCGUGGGCUUUCCCGAAUUAGUGCCUCCGUGACAACUUCCUUUUUGUUGGACUAUUCGCAUCCAUUGCAGACCAACUUGGCCAUGCUCGACAUCCCGGUUGCAACGCCCAAAUCUAAACUUAGAUAAAUGCAUCGUAAAUGUCUGAUGCACAAUUGCAGACUCGAUGAAGGUCGUCAACGAGCACACGAGGCCAUCUCGCCCAGCUCCACCACGAGAUGGAGGCAAGAUUAUCAAAGGAUUCGUACAACAGUCAGAGCAGCGUCGAGUUGCCUGUCGCUUUGCUCGAUCAGGACGGGCAUUUACCCCACGACCCCCAGUGCACCAACACACGAAUACUCCACAUCGGCCGCACAAAGAUGACCGACUGGAAACUCGGUCGGGGACUCCUGUGUCUGGUUCGGGCAACCAAGAGGAAGAAAGCACGGCAGCGAUAGUUGGAGGGUUGUUCACCUCUAAGCACGUACAGCGUAAUCGGCAGAUUUCGCUGACCCCAGCGAUGCUCCCUGCUGCAACGGCCGCGGCAGCAAGUGGGCUGGGGGCGAACAAUAAGCCAAUAUUUACAUUCACAAGACGCAAGCUACAGAUGGAGAGUAUAUCAUCUCAAAAUGCACCUGCAAUACCAGGAGCCGCAAUGCUGCUGAGUCCGUCAGCGACUUCACAGAGCAUAGGCCACCGCUCAAGAGUCAGCAAUUUGGCCGCGAAGCUGGACACUAUUUUACGCAGCUCUCCUUGGAUGCGACGGAAGGUCGUGGUACAGCCUCAGAUGAACAGCCCAAGUCAGCGCGGGUUCUCUAAUGUAUCGUCGCAUCGGCUGCUAUCGAGCCAUCCAGCUGCAACACCUCAAGUUCACGAGGCAAUCGAUGCUUCAUCGGGCAAGGUAAAUGAAAAACACUACAAAAAUCGUCGAAAAAAAGGCUACAACCACAGUAGUGAAGACCAAAAAGAGAUGGAAAAGCGAGUCAUGGCCACAUUUCGACGGUUUGUUCGACUUUGGCGUGAGCGGAAGCGUCGGUCGGAGCAGGCCGCGCUUAACAUUGUAACUGGCAACGGCGGUGCUAAGCAAAACAAUGCGUUAAGUCCCACAAAAAGUAGCAGCAAUAUGUCUGGACGACAUGGUGUUAAGCUACGCCGCGAGCUUGAUGCUCAGUCUUCGAAUGUGGCAAGUAUUCUGAGCCGAAGAAUGAUCGGGGAAGUACCUGCACUCAAAUUCUUCGAUGAAGGAGAGCCACCUCCUGUCGACCAAAAUCCACACGAACCAAAUUCGUUUGCUGCUCCAGUAUCACGCGCUAGAUCAAGUGACACUGACGACGAGGAAGACUCAUCAUCGCCCGGUGCGAUUAAGCCUCAGGCUCGAACAGUUGGUGAUAUGAUGGCAUCUUCGUCUCUCAAGGACGGUGGUUUAAGGUCACCACUACGACGAGCAACGCCUCGAGGUGUUUGCUACACCCUUGACUCCUCAGGUUGCCGUCGGAUUAAAAUGCAGUCAGGUGCUCCAAUUCAAAUGAUGAAAACAGGCAAGCACACGUCCCAAAAUCGCAAAAAGAGUGAGGAGAUCACGAUAGAACGAGCUACAAGCAAGAGUCUACGGCGCAAGUACGUGUUGGGCGUACAUUUGAGUCAGUACAGCAAAUUGUAGGUUAAUACUUAUCCUAUUUACGACAGGAUGAUCCGCCGUGUGAAGGUCAAACACCAGGCAAUCAGCAGACUCACAGACGAAUUCGCACAGUCAAAAAGUGCCUUGACAGCAAAGCUGGGAUCCCAAUUGGCACUUCGUCAGGCUGAGGGGGAGCGAAUGUUCGGUAAACGGUUAUCGCUGCACCUUUCCAACAAUGCUAAGCUACCUCCACACAUGACAUCCAAAGAGUUAACUCUGGCCAGACUUCGAUUCAAGAAAGCGAAUCUACAGGCUUGUUGUCAGACGUUGUCAGUGCUUGGUGCCGCGCUGCAUCACAUUGAGACAGCAGGCGAAGUCAGCGGGCGUGAAAUAUCCACGGGAGAGCAACGAUUUCUUGAACUCCUACGCUGUGCUGUUGAAGGUGAUCACGCGUUGACACCGCUUCUUAUCGAUGGAAUACGAGGACAAUUUAGCCCUGAACAACGACAGAAACCUCUCGUCGCGGGUCUUCUCGGAUUGCUGGCACUUCCUACCGAUAAAUGAAAAAUCCAAGAGAAAAUCUGAUGACCAUGUAAAAUUUUUACCGAAAAAGGUUAAUUCGCUUGC